AUGACUCGACUCGACCAGCAUAGACUCGUCCUCGGAGUUGGUCUGGUCAUUGAAAGUCUCGAGAAUGCAGGUAGCCAUUUCCCAUGCCCUUUGACACAAGAGCUCGUAGUGAAAAUUGAUCCGGCUUCGACGGACCACGGUUGAACCAACGGGCUGCGGGCGCUAAAUUGGUCGUAGGUCACCACGUGCCUGGGUAAGUGGCCACGAGUUGACUCGACUCGCGGUUGUUGUGCUCUAAGGCUAUUAGAUUCGGCACAUCUUCUGGCUACCUACUGUCUGCUUACAAGAUUCCGAGGGUACCUGGUUCCGUCUCACGACGAUGCUGCCUCAAACACUCCAGCCCCAGUCACAUAUUCCGGCCACAGCGUCCCCACACGCACAGACCGACGAUGAGGAUGCCGCUGCCGCGGAGCGAGCUCUGAUUGAACGAAGAAAGAUGUUGGCGGGAGAAGCGUGAGUCCGACUAUAUGACGCUCUUGCUCCUACGAGUGCUACCUUCAAGACUGCACCGCCCCUUGAGCUUGUCGGUGCGACUGUGUGGGCCGUCAUCAGACUCAACCCCCAUAUUGUUUCCUUGGUCGCAGUUACGAUGCGAUGCAGGACCAGGGUCUCCUCGAAGGUCGGCUCAGAGCUCGUCAUUUGCUACAUGUGGGUGCCUUUCAAAGCCUGCUCACCUAAAGGGCAUGGUUAGCUGAUCGCCCUUUGCACACCCGGUGAACGGACUCCGCUUCUCAUUCCUUGCGCGAAACGAUGGUAAGGCUUACAACCACCACCCUUCGGCGACUUAUGUGAAAGGGAUGGGAGGAAUGGACUACUUUGGUGCGUGUCGCACUUUUGGGUGAUGCCUAUCCGCCGUGUCGUUUUUGACGUCGCCCGUGUCACCUCCCGACAGGCCCCGACUCGCGCUGGUCCAUCUUGGCGGAGCUUUUCCAGGUCCAUACUACCGCUUCUGUGGGAUACGCGCUUUUUUCCGCGUGCCCACGACGUUGCUGACUUUGCUAGCAUCUUCUGAUUAGAUUCCGCUUGAGAAGAUGAAGAAGAUCGCCAUUGAGCCCCCCUUUCUAUUGCGACUAUGGGUGCAAUAUCAAGUUCAAGGGAGAGGUCAGUGGUAUUUCCUCACUCGAGCUCACCAGCGACAAAACACUACACCGCCUCGAAGAGUAUCGCUUAACAUUUUUCGGAUCAACUCUGUCAGUUCUACUCCAACUUUGGCCUUACCGUCCUCGAAUGCGCCGAGGUCACGUUCGGCGACCGAGUGCUCGUCGCUCCGAAUGUGCAGGUUUAUGCCGCGACCCAUUCGGUUGAUGUCGCCGAGCGGCAAGCUGGACUCGAGCGAGCUUACCCCGUGACUGUUGGAGACGACUGCUGGAUCGGUGGGAGCGCCGUUCUCAUUGGGCCUUGCCACAUUGGCAAUGGGUGCACGGUCGCAGCGGGCGCGGUGGUGAGUGUGACCCUUGAAAGAACGGCUCGGGGUGAGUGAGUCUGUUGCCCUGACUUGUUUUCGCGUCUUUGCAGGUCCGAGGGACUUUCCCGGAUAACUGCGUCAUCGGGGGGACGCCUGCUCGUAUCCUGAAAAAACUGGGCCCCCCUUCAGAGCAAACGAAGAAUUAG